UACAUUUUCCCAGUUGGCACACAAUCUUUUAGUAAUCUUCUUUGUUUCUCUCUUGCCAUUCUAAACAUAGAGAAAAUCAUACACACCAUUCUCGUUAACAAUGUCAGCUUCAACAGCUCUGAAUCUUGCUUCAUUUUGCACUUCUGUAGUGAAUUCUCCUACCCAUUUUACUCAUAAACCUUCUCUCCUUUUACAUGGUACCCAGUUUUCCCAAUCACCCAACAACACUCUUUUCAAGAACUGCAGCUGGAAAUUAAGUAGAACCACUAAGAGGGCUGUUGCUGCUGUUGAUUCCUCUGAUCCUGCUGAAAAGCAAGAGACAGAAAGGAAGAAGUACCAUUUUCUUGUUGCAAAUGCCAAAUUUAUGCUGGACGAAGAGGAGCAUUUCCAGGAGCAAAUGUUUGAACGCCGUCGCCUCUAUGAAGAGCGCAGCAUGGAACCAGAUUUCUGGCUUGUAGUUGAGCCAAAGUUCUUGGACAAGUUCCCUAAUAUCACCAAGAGACUGAAGAGACCCGCUGUAGCACUUGUUUCAACGAAUGGCCCAUGGAUCACGUUCAUGAAAUUGAGGCUAGACAGGGUUUUACAAGAGAGCUACGAGGCUGACAGUGUAGAAGAAGCUUUGGCAUGUACUCCUGUUAGUAUUGAAUUUGAAAAACCGGAAAAAUGGACAGCACCAUACCCGAAGUAUGAAUCCGGGUGGUGGGACUCAUUCUUGCCCCCUGGAUCUCAGACUUCAAAGGUAUGAUUAGCAGGCGUCUUACGUAUUUCUGCCAUGCCAUCAUCUGUGUUGCUUGAAGUAGUUCAAAAUCUACAUUAUUGUUUGUUGGUCGGGCAAUCGCCAAUGAAUGAGCAUUUAGUUUGAGAAGUUAUAUGAAGAGAUGGUCGGGCAAUCGCCAUUGUAGGCUGUAGGUGAAGAUGUUUGUAGCUCAUCUGAAGAAUUGUACGACGAAACGCCUAAUUUCUGUAGCUUAUAAACCCCUGUUGCGAGAUUCAGAAAACAAAAUGAAGAAUAUUGAGCAUUGUACUUAGCAUGAAAAAGCAUUAUGAAAAAUCUGAAGUGUGUUAUUGUUGUUGGUUUUUAUCUCUAACCACUAAGUGUUGUUUAAUGAUUCUCGAACA